CGUAUCACAUGAUUUCAAAAUGGCGAAUGUAGGAUAGGAAAUAGAACAAAUGUGAUAAAAUACCACCUGGGAGUAGGAUUACUGAUGAUAGCUGAAUUGUAAUUUCUAAAAGUUUAUCCGAAGAAGUUGGAAGAGGAUGGUUUUGCUGUUGAGUGUUGUUCUACUGUUGAUUCCACAGGCUUUUGCUAUUGUGGAAAAUGAGACCCUUGCUGUAACGAGUAAUUCUCCUGUGGUUUACGGCAGCACUGUUGUGUUCCAUGCUGAGGUUCUACAGGGCACAGGGGCCCUACAGGAUGAGAAGAGGUUCAGAUUUGAGUGGAAGAGCGAUGUUUUUAAAACAGAUGUGGAGACGACAUUUGCAAACUUCAAUUCAAGUGUUCGUAAAUGUUACGCAUUUGUGGAGCCUGGUUCUUAUAAUAUGACCGUCACAGUUUGGGACCAUCAGGAGUUGUCAUCUCACAAGGUUGGCGUCAAGAAAGUCGGUUUUGAACUGACAGCCACGUUGAAUGGGAAUCUUCAGGCAGCCCAAAAUUUGAGCCAUAAAAGCCCUCAGGCCCCAAAUAACACGUUCUCCACUGGAAAACCUGUUCACCUGAACGUAAACCUGACAGACUUGCUCUCUGGCCAGUCUUCAAUUUCUUAUGAUUGGUUCAUUGGGAAGGUUCACUUAGUAACGACCAAUGAGCCUCAUUUCACCCACAACAUUACUAUGCCUGGAAAACACAUCAUUAAUGUCACAGCAAGAGUUGACAAGGAUCAGUUAUUGGACUGUAUGGGUGGGGAAUACCGUGAAGAACUGAUUGGCACAUUCCAGACAGAGUUAGAUAUGAAGGCGCCUGUUGGUAACUACUUCGUGUUUGGCAAGCAGAAGUUGCACGUGGGAGAGGGUACCAACCUCACCAUCAUUUGGCAGUCUGGCAGUCCUCCUUUUACCCUGAGCUGGCAGCUACUGUCGGGAAAUGGAACGACCCUGAUUAACGCCUCAAAGCAUGUUUUACUGACCACAAGUGCCAACAUAUCUGUGCCAGCCAAACCUCUGGCCAGCCCGGGCAGUUACAAUGUGCUUAUUCAGGUUGAGAAUAUGGUCAGCCUUCUGAAGAGAAACCACACACUGCAGGUCAAGGACAGAAACACACCAGAUUCUGCUUCACACAGUCCAUUUAUCAUAGUGUUAUCUGUAACUGGUGGACUUGUAUUUAUGACCAUAGCCGUCAUGAUAUUUGUAAAAGUCCGUCAGCACCAAGAAAACCAUCAGCACAUCGAGACAGCAGACUUUGAUUUCCAUCCAGAGUUGCAUAGUCAAAGUUACAGCUUACCUGAUGAGCCGCCAGCAACAUUUGCUGCCUGGGUGAAAGGUGUGGUUAAAAAACUAGGGGCCGCGUGUGCCAGUGAUGGGAAUACAAGGGGUGGGGUAAAUGGUAGUGUGAACAGUUAUGAAGGUACAAAGAACAAACGUUUGAAAAAUUAUGGAAGUUUAACUGAUUCUGUCAAUGAUUCUAUCUAUGCAUAAUUUGUUCACAUGUUGGAUCUAAUUUUGGUAUUUAUUAUCCAAAGAGAUUGAUUUUGCGCAUUCACAUUUUGUAAAUAUGUCUCAUCAUUUUUCACAUCUGAAAUUUCAAAUCUCAUUCUUUAAUUUUUAAAGGAUCCGCUGAAAUAAUAAAAAAAAUAUUUAUUUAUGAAUACAGAGGCUAUUUUUAUAGAAAUGUUGAUCAAUAUGUUAAAAAUUUCUAUGUCAAAUAUCCUCAAGUAAUAUCAAUUUGAGGGAAGAAGGUCAUGGUACUGUUAUUAUAUGGCCAAAAUAUACAGUAUCAGUAUAACAUUUGAUUUUGUAUAUUUCAUAUAAUACAUUAAAAUGCGGUCGUUCGAACAAGCGGUUGUUCGAGAACCGGCGUUCCCUCGAGGUUGGAGCUUGGUCCCAAACUUUUUUUUAUCUAUUUUUAUAUAAAAUAUACCUACGCUGCAUCGAAACCUAAUUAUGUCGAGGAGUCAAGCAAUAAGCUCGGUGCCAAGUACACAAAUCCUUAUGGCUCCCUCGAGGUCAAUUUCACACUUUUUCCCGAACAAGUGUUCCAAAAUAAAUAAACAAUUGCUAGGUAUUAACAUUUUCGCAAGUUGUAAAAAUUGCAAUGACAGUUGAAAGGCAAUUUGAUAUGGUGUGAAAAACCGUUGAACACUGUUAACGCAUGGCCGAUAUUAGCUGAUAUGGGCAUUUUUUAAGAUAAUUAUGAGAAGUUAAUGUUGAGAAAUGCAAUUGAGUAAUAAAAAAACUGAAUAAACACUACCAUAUCGAUUCAAUUUCUGCAAAGAAUUCCUUUUUGUCACUUUGCUUUGCAAAAUGGCAAUUUUGUAAAAUUUAAUUUUUUUUAUUUAUUUAUUCAUUUAUUGAUAUUUCUUUUACAUAUUAAAUAUACAUAUAGUAAACGACAGCUUUUGAUCAUAUGAUCGAUUUCCACAAAGCAACACAUAAUUGGUGUCUUAGAAAACAGACUACUUCAAACUUAAAAUACACUAUCUAUCUAUUAAAACCUUGUCUCUUGGGAUAAAUCUCAUAACAGACUGAAGAAUAAAAAAUCGGUUCGUUCGAAACAUCGGUUCCCUCGAGGUUUGGACUCAGUCCCCGUCGACCUCGAGCGAUCACAGUUUUACUGUACUUAUCUAAAUGACAUACUUCUUUUGUUUGACUAAAAUUUUGAAAAUUGACCUUGUUCACUCACUUACUGUACUAGUGAUCUUAUCCAAUUCUACCAAAUUCUGGUUUUUGCAACUGAUUUCAUUGGAUGUCUGCUAGUUCUUCCAAUAUAAUGAUGACUUAAGGUGGGCAUACAAUGCUCAGCCUCUUGACGCUCUUGUUCACUUAGUAGUUAAAAAGGAAUUUUCAGCCCGUCCAUUUUUCUUGGAAAACAGUGGACUGUGGAGAUACUGUAAUAGCCUUUGUGGUUGUCUGUGGCGUAUUAGUCACAGUGGAAAAACUUAAACCUUGGUAGUAACUAAAAAACAUUCCUGAUAUUUAAAUGCUUUUUGCCAGAUAUAAUAUGCACAUAUGCUGAUAGGGUGACUGUGGCUUCAAUAAUUGAAGAGUUAUUCCCCAUUUGAUACUGCAUAAAACAUUCAUUUGGAGUAUUGGUUUACUCUGCUGUAUUCUAUUUAGUCAUAUGGUGCUAAGAACAAAUGUUGACGGUUAAAUGAUACAGUUGCUUUAAACUAUCAUCUCGUCCAACGUUGUCGUUUAAAUGUUAUCACCUUUUAUAUUUGAUUUUGUACAUUUGAUUUAUGAGAUUUUGUACAGCCAUUUUCCAGAGUUGUUACCCCGGUAUAUUAAUGUCAGAGAUAUGUUUUUAUAUUUAAAUGUGAAUUGUUACCUGCUUCUGUGUAAGUGUGCAAUAUUACAUUGAACCAUGAACAUGUUACAUUAAUUAACAGCCAUUUUUUUUAUUCAUUUUUUGUUAUAACCGUAAGUUUUUUCCUGUAUAUAUUGUUGCUGCUUUGUUUAUGUUUAGUGUAUUACCAACAGUAUUUUGCGCUCGAUUUUACUCUUGUUAUUUUAAAUAGUGCAGAUAGAUUCAUGACAAUGUUGUGAAAGAUUUUUCGCAGAAUUGUUUCACAAGUAUGAAAUAGUGCAUGUAUGUCAGAGUUCGUGCUAAAACAGAGCUCUGUUGAAGGUUUAUGAUGGACGCAAACAAUUUUUCCAGGAAAAAAGGUUAUGGUAUUGCAAUAACAUUAGUGACAUUAUUGUAGCCAGUCGAUGUUGCUAAAAACUUGAGCCUUGGCCAAAACACACAAGAUAUUCAUAUGAAGCUUAGUACACAUGUAACAAGUGAGAUCACACACAUGUGGCAAGUGAGAUCACACACAUGUGGCAAGUGAGAUCACACACAUGUGGCAAGUGAGAUCACACACAUGUGGCAAGUGAGAUCACACACAUGUGGCAAGUGAGAUCACACACAUGUAACAAGUGAGAUCACACACAUGUGGCAAGUGAGAUCACACACAUGUGGCAAGUGAGAUCACACACAUGUGGCAAGUGAGAUCACACACAUGUGGCAAGAACCAUAAUAUUUGGUUUAUAAUUGUUGAAGAUAUCCAUUUUUGAAGGAAAACCUUUACAUUUUUUACUGUUGACUCACAGUAGUCAUAUUUACCAUUGUAUCCGGAUAGUCAGUCUUGACCAUUGACUCACAAUAAUCGCUUUUAAUUUUGACUUGUCUACCUUAAGUCAUUCUAUUCUUUUGUUAUGACGAUCAAAUUUUGUAUUUAUCCAGUACUAUUCUGUGACUACAACAGCUCUUUUAAUGAAAUUCUUGAUGUUUGUUUUCUUUCUUAUUAGACAUAUUCCAGUGGAGUAAAGUAACUAUGUAUGUUAAAACAUAUCAGGUCUAAAAAUUAUGUAUAUGUUUUUAUAUUAAUAUAGGCAAAUGGCUUUUCCUCCUGUUCUGAAAAUGUAAUUUAAGGCAUUACAAAAUUCCUUGUGAACAUUGGAAUUUUGAUCUCAGGUAAAGUUUGGCUCAUUGAUAAGGUGGCCUCAUAGCUUAGUAUAGAUAUAGCAUUUAAUUUUAAAAAGAAGAAACGAAACCUUGUUGGUAUAAUGUGUCGUCAUUUAACUACUGUAUGGUAGAAUAUAUAUUUUUUCACUUUCUUCCUUUGUUUAUUUCAAUUGUCUUUUAAUAUAUCAUAGUUAUUUUGAAUAUAUACAAUAAUAUCAUGUAGAUAUGUUCAUAUUUCAAUGUUACAUGUUGAAGCCCAUGAUUGAUAUUUUAGUAAUAAAUGAUGGCAAUAAGUU